CACGUGCGAAAAAGUCAAUCUUUUAUUUUGAUUUUGUAGCGUUUGCUGCGUUCAAUCUGUUCAAUAAUGCUUCGACCAGGCCAGAAAUGGUCUCCCGGCAGGAAUAUGCAGUGAAAGCAAUAAAAUAGUUAAAAAAGUGUGAUAAGUGGUUUAAAAUUGAAUCCAUUGUUAAAAGUUUGAGGAUUUUCGAGAUUGAUACAUGUACGCCGACAAACAAUAUCCAGAAUGAACAAGUCUAAACAGGAAAAUCGUUCCACCCGUAAUUCAAACUGCAAGGUUGGAUCGGGUAAAGGUUUCCACCGCAGAAAUAAAAAAGGUGCCAAGACGUGGAAGGAGCAAACCGAUGAUCCGCAAGCCGACCUCAAAUUGAAAGUUGUGGCAAACGGUGUGUCCGAUCGGAAAAAUCAAGCAAACGGCAAUAUGCAGAAGAAAUCCUUUGUGCGAGGAAAAUCAUCUGUAAUUGCUGAAGACAAAAGUAGAAAAAAUGAUCCGCGUAAUAAAACCACACUCCGGAAGGAGUUUGUUCAGAAAUCCGAACGAUUUGUGACCAAAGCAGGGAAGACGAAUGCAGCUUCGUCACCAAAGUCCGAUGGCAUUCAAAAACGGAAAGCGCAGAACAGCGGUGAGCCCGGAACGAAACCAAAAAAGCCAAAAAAUCAUUUCAUGUCGGAAUCGGACAGUGACGCCAACGACUACAUGGAACAAUUUUUCAAAGACGUCCUUAGUGAACAGAAAGUGUCAACCGUGGAUGAAGUUCCAACGGACGAAAGCGAUGAAGAGGACGAUGACCAGAGUACCGAGUCGUCAAGUGAGGAGAGUGAUAGCGAUACCGACGAGGAUGAAGGAAAUGCAAUGUCGCUGGAGCAGUUAAUAGAUUACUAUGGUCAGCGUCGAGAUGAUCGGGAUGCAGAGGGAAAAACGGAUAAAAAGCGGAAGCCGUCGAAGUCGUCACAUUGUAGCAACAAUAAUACGUGGAUCGAGGAAGAUAAUGAUCUGGAACUUGUCUACGAUAACUCCGACGAUGAGAAAGGCAGUAGCUCAUUGGCAUUGGUACCGGUCGGGAAUGUCGAAAACGCGGAGUAUGGUGUUGAUGAAGAUCAGGACAGUUCGUUGGAUGAAUCUGUCGAGGAAGAAGAGGAUGAAGAUUCGCCGUUCGAUCUGGAGGCUUAUUUAAAAGGAGAUUACGAUUCGGCCGACGAUACCAUCGAUAGCGACGAAGAAGAUGACACUUCGGGCUCGGAUUACACGGGCAGUAGUUCUCUGGACGGAUAUUACGAAGAAGAGGAAUCCGAUCAGGAAUCUUCCUCGGACUACGAUUCUGACGAGGAUGAAGACGACGAUAGUCUGGAUGACUCGGAGGAAGACUAUGAUGAUGAAGAUGAGUAUACGUCCUACUGGGAUGAAUCGUACGACAGUGAGGACGAUGAUGAUUACAUCGCAGAAGAAGACGACGAUCUGUACAUUAGCCGCGGAGCUGCUCGAGUCUACAACAUCGAUGAUAAUGAGGUGUCUUUCAAUAGUGACCUGGAAACGGCGCAAAUAGUGGAGUUGCCCAUAGAUGAUAGAAGAAGUAAGUCAGUGGGAUCCAGCGGAACUGAUAGCCAGGAAGAUGGCGGAAAUAAUGAGGGAUGUCCGGCGUUGGUCCCCAUUUAUGAUAUGUAUGGCAAUCUUAUAGAUAGUCCUGAAAAAUUGGAAGAACUUAAAUUACAAAAAGAGGUUAACGAGAGGAAUCGAAAAUCAAGUUGCUCCGAACUGGAUGUGGAUUCCGAACUUAAUCAUAAAGUGUCUUCCCAACUUGAUGUGAGUCCAGAUUUGGACCACCAAAGUACAAUGGAGGAAGACGUGGAACAGAACAAUGCGACUAAUACCAGCUACCGGUUUUAUGAUUCGAUAGAUAUGCGAAUAUCCUUGCUAGUAUUGAAGGAAACUCUGUACUUUAGCGGACACCUCACAGUCCAGCCUUUGAUUGGAGGGCUGGAAGUAAUGGGCUAUAACCUUCGCUCUGGCGAGUGUCGCAGUGUGUUUGCUGCCCGAGGAUUCCAUUGUCUGAACCUAACACCACGUGCGCAGGGUUCUUCGAUAUCGAAGGACAUGAUGGACAAAGUGAUAAACCGUGUAGAGAAGCAUUUCCACGAAGAUGAUCUGAAAGAAAUCCAAAACAGCUUCGACGGUUCCAAUUCUGUAUUAGUGCUGCUACAAGCAGAUUGCAGCAAUAAACGCGUUGAAACUGUCGAUAAGUAUCUUCCGGAAGAUUUUUUGUUUCCUAAAGUAGAAUUCCUAAAAAAGAGCAUAUUUUUUAGAACUGAAUACCUUUUAAAUGUUGAGUUCUAUUCAGAAAAUGUGGAUAAAUGUACUUCACUGUACCGACCUGAUCCAGAAUGGAAUAAAAUAGUUGUUAGAAAUAAUAGUAAACUGGUAGUGAUUGGAGGAAAAGGAUCCGGUAAAUCAACUUUGUGUCAAUAUCUCGUCAAUAAGAAUGUUCAAAAAUUCAAGAAAGUGGUCCUCAUCGAUUUAGACAUUGGCCAACCGAUCCAACACAUUCCGGAAACGAUAAGCAUAACAAUCGUCGACAGACCACUCCUCGGAGUUGCCACCUUUGACCCAAUCCCACCGGCGAAAAGUUGGCUCUUUGGGAGUCUCGACAUCGUGUCAUCUCUUAUUUUCUAUACUCACAACGUCCGCCAACUGGUUCGGUACUGCGAACAGCAUAAAUCGGAGCUCGCCAAUAUACCGUGGGUCAUCAACACAAUGGGUUACGUAUCGGACUUCGGUGAAGAACUGAUGGCAACAAUUCUGCGGAUGUUCUGCCCGACUGAUGUGAUCCAACUAGUUUGUACCGAGAAGUCCUUCGCUAUACCAAAUUUCCAAAAUCGUCUCACGUCGGAGUUUAUCAAUCAGUACAAUUACAACAUUCUACGUAGUGAAGCCCAGGAAUUUACCGCACGGAAAGCCAAUUUUAAACACUACGAGCUAAACGUUUGCUAUCCGAAAAAAGGAUUCACACUAAAUGCGCCGAAACGACGGAAUUUGAUGCUGCUGGCGCACCUGGCGGAUAUCCUGCAGGAUUCCUCUAGCGAAUGGUUCAAUGAGGUGAAACCCUUCUGUGCGCCGCUCAGUCAAUUGCAGGUGCUCAUCACUAGGGAAGACCAAACCCUCGGUGAAGAUCAACUGCCUUCGGUGCUAAACGCCACGCUGGUCUAUCUAUGUCGAAAGAUUGUCGAUAGCGAAUUGUACGAGUGUUUGGGAAUCGGCAUCGUUCGCGGCGUGGACAAGAACAACAACGUAUACCUCUUGCAAUCGCUGCCAGAUAAGCAACUCGCAGAUGUGAACGUAUUGGCCAUUUGCAGUAGCAGCUUGCCAAAUGCCGCCUUUCUGCGACAGAGCUCCCGAAUACAAGGAAGCAUUCCUUACGUGUACAACAUCGACUAAAAGUAGGAGCUAGAGAAGUGUUAAGUUCUGUUUCUGCUAUCUGUAUACUUUAAUUGAGUUUAUCCGUAUUUAUGUUUGCUGUAGAUGAAAAAAUCACGUUGGUUUAGUACAUCGCGUAUGUGCUGUGCGCCAAAAUCUA